UCUCAACCAGACACACCAUCCCAUUUCCUCUAUUCUUUCUUCUUCUUUGUUUGUAUUAUAUCAUCCAUGGCCAGGGAAAGAAAUGCAUCUUUUUUCUUGUGGAUAAUGGCUACUUGGUUGAUCUUCCAAGGCCAGAUGGUGCUUCCUGCUAUGUCCAUUCGUUUUGAAGAUCAAAAGAACUACUACUCUCCAGACCCAAAUACUGGAACUCCCCCUUCAGGCUCACACGGGAGUCCACCACAUGGAAGUACGCCAUCGCAUGGUUCACCAACUUCUCACCAUGGAACGCCAACCCCUUCACAUGGAGGAAGCUACAAUCCUACACCAUCUUCACCAUCACCGCCUUCAAACUGUGGAAACCCACCACAAGAACCCGCCACCCCAUCAACCCCCUCAACACCAUCAAACCCUCCUUCUGGUGGUGAAAGUCCUCCUGUCAUUGUUAGCCCGCCAUAUGAUCCAGGCACCCCUAGUACUCCGUCACCUCCAUUCUCACCCAUCCCCGGCACCUGCACCUAUUGGAGUAAUCACCCGAGUUUGAUAUGGGGUUUGCUUGGCUGGUGGGGUACAUUGGGCAACGCAUUCGGAGUCACUAGCCUUCCUGGUGUAGGCGCAAGCAUGAGCUUGCAGCAAGCACUUUCCAACACACGUAGUGAUGGUUAUGGAGCACUUUACCGAGAAGGAACCGCAUCCUGGCUCAACUCUUUGGUGAAUCACAGGUUUCCUUUCACGAACGACCAAGUGAGGCAGAGCUUCGUGUCAGGACUUCACUCGGACAAGUCUGCAGCAGCUCAAGCAAAGAUCUUCAAGUCAGCAAAUGAAGGCCACCUCAAGCCCAAUGCUUGAAAAACAACUUCAUUAUUUGACAUGUUCUAUCGAAUUUCAGUUUGUGGAAGCAUUAUAUAAACCUAGGGCGUGCAUUACUUUAUUAAGAGUUUUUAAGUGUUUCUAGUACUUCACCAUUAUCCGUCAUGUUACAGUAUUUUAAUUUCAUAGAUACUAUGUCGUUAAAAUGCUUAGUUUAUGCUGCCUAGUUUCGAAUAAUAUUCUUCGUUUAGAUUA